GGUACAGCAUGGCGCAGAGUGCAGGCGACUGGUGUCUGAUAGAAAGCGAUCCUGGUGUUUUCACUGAAUUAAUUCGAGGUUUCGGCUGUAAAGGUGUUCAGGUAGAAGAACUAUGGAGUUUAGAUCCAGAAAACUUUGCUAACCUCAAGCCUGUUCAUGGGUUGAUAUUUCUAUUUAAAUGGGUUCCAGACAAGGAACCGGACGGUUCUCUAGUGGCUGAUAGCAGACUUGAUAAAAUCUUCUUUGCUAAACAGGUUAUCAACAAUGCCUGUGCCACUCAAGCUAUAAUUAGUAUCUUAUUAAACUGUUCACACCAAGAUGUCGAGCUUGGAGAAACACUGAAGUCUUUUAAAGAAUUCUCACAAAGUUUUGAUCCUGCGCUUCGAGGCUUAAGUUUAAGCAACUCAGAUGUUAUUAAACAGGUCCACAAUAGUUUUGCCAGACAACAGAUGUUUGAGUUUGAUGAGAAACAAGCCAAGAAAGAUGAUGAUGUCUUUCAUUUUGUGGGUUAUUUGCCCAUAGAUAAUAGGCUGUAUGAGCUGGACGGUCUGAAAGAUGGACCAGUAGAUUUAGGUGCAAUCCCCUCCGAAACAGAUUGGUUAGAUGUAGUUAGACCAGUUAUAGAAAAAAGAAUGCAGAAAUAUAGUAACGAUGAAAUACAUUUUAAUUUAAUGGCCGUGGUUUCUGAUAAGAAGAUGUCGUAUGAAAAAAAAAUGGCAGAGUUAUCAAAACAAGCAGAGUCCAGUGGAAUGAUGACUGAUAAUGUACAAUCAGAGAUAACAAAAUUAAAAAUGUUAAUAGCUGAAGAAGAAGACAAAAUGAAUCGAUAUAAGAAAGAAAAUAUACGAAGGCGACACAAUUAUCUACCUUUUAUCAUGGAGUUAUUAAAAAUCUUGGCCAAAGAACAAGAGUUACUGCCCCUCAUACAAAAAGCACGAGAUAUUGCCAAUCAGAAGAAGAAAGAAAGGGAGAAAACUCAAGAUAAGAAUUAG